AACAUGGAACCCAGAAACCAAACCGAUGUUUUAGAAUUCCUUCUCAUGAGACUGACAGAGGAUCCAGAACUGAGGACCAUCUUCUUCAACCUGUUCCUGUCCAUGUACCUGGUCACUGUCCUGGGAAACCUGCUUAUCAUCCUGGCUGUCAUCUCUGACUCCCACCUCCACACACCCAUGUACUUCUUUCUCUCCAAUCUGUCCUUUACUGACAUCUGUUUAAGCACAUCCGUGAUCCCAAAGAUGCUGGUGAACCUCCAAGCACAGAAUCCGAGUAUCACUUAUACUGGAUGUCUCAUCCAGAUCUGCUUUGCCCUGAUUUUUGUUACUUUGGAAAAUUUUCUCCUUGGAGUCAUGGCCUAUGACCGCUAUGUGGCCAUUUGUCACCCACUGAGAUACACAAUCAUCAUGAAUCCCCACCUCUGUGUCAUGCUGAUUCUCCUCUCGAUAUCCAUUAGUAUUGGGGAUGCCCUGCUCCACAGUCUGAUGGUGCUGCGAUUGUCCUUCUGCACAGAUCUGGAAAUCCCCCUCUUCUUCUGUGAAGUUGUUCAGGUCAUCAAACUUGCGUAUUCUGAUACCCUCAUCAAUAACAUACUGAUAUAUUUUGCAGUUAGCAUAUUAGGUGGCAUUCCUCUUUCAGGAAUCAUUUUCUCUUAUAGUCAACUAUUCUCCUCUGUUUUGAGAGAGUUAUCAGUCGGUGGAAAGUACAAAGCUUUUUCUACCUGUGGGUCUCACCUCUCAGUUGUUUCCUUAUUCUAUGGGACAGGUUUUGGACUGUACAUUUGUUCUGCAAUUUCUGAGUCCUCCAGGAAGGCUGCAGUAACUUCAUUGAUGUACACUGUGGUCACUCCCAUGAUGAACCCCUUCAUCUAUAGCCUGAGGAACAGAGAUAUAAAAGGAGCUUUGAGGAAACUCAUUGGUAGGGUACCUUCUUUUCUGUGA